ACUCGAAACUGUCAAAGUAAGUUGUUUACAUCCAAAAAUUCAAUCGGAAUUGGGAAUAAUUCUAGUGGCCAGCCCUCGGCGAGAGUGGUAUCAUUUGAUCGGCCACGAUCAGCAACAUUACGAUCCAUAUUUAAUAUCGGGAAAUUAUGGGACUCUGUCACACAAUCGCAUCCCAAUGUCCGAGAUAAUUUCCAUUAAACAAGAGCCAGAGUUGGAUAUAUUUUCCGAUGGAGAGGGUGACGAAGACAGCAAGGUGAUACACAGUGAUACGGUUAGGUCGAAUGAAUAUUUCGGAGAACAUUUUUACGAAGGUGCCAAUGACACAUAUUCAAUCACCAUUAAAAGCGAACAAAACGAGAACAAAGAAGAGUGGGCAAUCUAUGAUACUACGAAAACUGACUCUUUGCAAUGUCACAUAUGUUCCAAGGUUUAUUCUACAAAGCAAUCGUUAAAACUGCACAAUCAAUCGGUCCACAUGCACCUACGACCAUUCAAAUGCGAACUGUGCCAGCGAUCGUUCGCGGAUAAAUACACACUCACCACUCAUACUCGAAUCCAUUCCGGAUCACGGCCAUACGCUUGCCCAUACUGUGAAAAGAAUUUCGUCCAACAUUCGGCGUUGACAAAGCAUAAACGGGUUCACACGAAGGAGAAGCCGUUUAAAUGCGAAAUUUGCUUCAAGGCAUUUAGUGAUCGCAGUUCUUUGAUUCCGCAUCGAAAAUUGCACACAGGAGUUUGUGAUAGACCGUUUAGAUGUGAGAUUUGCAAAGCUGAUUUCAUUAAGAACAGUCAUCUGGUCUCGCAUAAUAAGACUAAGUCUCAUUUGAAGGAACUAGCGAAAUGUAAGGACAAAAUUAAGUUCGAAGCGGAUGAAUUAACAUAAUAAGUGGAAAUAAAGCUUGAAA